AUGCUGCAACCACGGAUACCUCUUCGCACUCUGUGCAGGGGAUGUAACUUUGCGAAGCCUGCUCUUCGCAGAACCUACGCGCAAGUUGUCGACCCAGUGCACCCAAGGACAUCAGAUCUAGACAGGCCCUUGACGAACUCAUCACUAGCCGAACCGGAUGACCGAAUUGGCUCUGCAAAGGAGGAGGUCAAGCUCCGCCGAUACACUCCUCGAACCCCGGGUAUCCGCCACUUGGUCAGGCCCUUGAACGAUCACCUAUGGAGAGGCCGUCCGUGGUUCUCGCUCACGGCCCCUAAAAAGGGACAUGCACGAGGAGGAAGAAACAACACCGGUCACGUCGUGGUCCGGCACCGUGGCGGCGGUCACAAGCGAAGAAUCCGAACCGUGGAUUUCAUGCGGCAAAAUGGCGGCAAACACCUCGUGGAGCGCAUCGAACACGAUCCCAAUCGCACAGCCCAUAUCGCUCUGGUCAGAAAUCUAAAAUCGAACGAGCGGACCUACAUCCUGGCCGCCGAAGGUCUACGGGCCGGCGACGUUGUCGAGAGCUAUCGAAGCGGGCUACCGGAAGACCUUAUCAAAGAGAUGGGCGGCACGACGGAUCUGGGUGUCGUUGCUUCCAAGACGGCGUGGAGAGGAAACUGCUUAAAGCUCGGGAUGAUCCCCGUUGGAACCCCCAUCUUCAACAUUUGUCCUUCGAAAGAUUCUAUCGCCAAAAUCUGUCGCAGCGCCGGCACGCACGGCGUCAUCAUUGGCAAGGGCGAAGACAGCGUGCAGAAGGAGAUGAUCAAGCUCAUCGGCGAGACCAGCAGCAUGGACAUGACCUCCCUGACGCCCGACCAGCUCAUGGACUCGUUGACCCCGGCGCAGCUGAAGCGCUUUGAAAAGGUUGCCAACUACGUAACUGUCCGCCUUGCCAGUGGCGAGGUUCGUCUGAUUGACAAGGAAGCCGUCGCCACAAUCGGCGUGGCGAGCAAUGUCAACUUCAAGUACAGGCAACUGGGAAAGGCCGGCCGGUCGCGAUGGCUUGGUAUUCGUCCGACCGUGCGAGGCUUGGCCAUGAACGCAGCCGACCACGCCCACGGUGGUGGCCGAGGAAAGUCCAAGGGCAAUCGUAUCCCCGUCAGUCCCUGGGGUAUUCCGGCCAAAUCUGGGUUCAAAACUCGACCGAGGAAGAAGAUCAACCACAUGGUGGUCACACCACGGCCUCGGAACCAAGGCAAGCGGAGGAGAGGCCACGCCUAG